AUGGAAUUGGAGCUCACACGUGUCGAUUACACCAACGUCGGCCUUACAGGACCGAAUUGCCUACAGCUGCUACCUCCUGCGACCAGUGGUUCCUCCAGCGGCCCUAACAGUGGCUACAAGCAGCAGCAAAAAGUGGCCAUCGGUGACCAAGACGGUGUACUGCAGGUGUUCUCGAUGAAAAAGGACGAGCUGCAGGUGCACUUCAAAACGUUGCCAAACGAAAAAAUCGCCUCCGUCAAGCUUGCCGGCCAGGCGGGUUCGGUGGCGGAUAAAAUUUUCACCGCUUCCGAAAACAAGGUGCGCGGGUUCAACAAAAAGGGCAAACUGUUCCUUGCGUUCGAAACCAACCUGACGGAAACGAUCCGCUCGAUGUGCGUCAGUGGGAACGAUUUGCUCGUUUGUGGGAACCACGUGUACAAUCACUAUCGCGACUGCAAGGAGGUGGGCUCUUAUCUAUGUGGCGAUGUCAUCGUGGAUGUGGCGGCGCUCUGCCCAAACAACACGAGCCGGCUCAUAACAGUCCUUGCUUGUACAGGUCGAGUGUUGCGCAUCCUGGAACAUGCUCGCGUGCGGCAAACGCUCGAAGUGGACAGUGUCCCGACGGUCCUGUACGUGCCAAAGGGCCUAGGUGACAGGCUGUUGUGUGGAUUUUCCGAUGGUACCGUCGUUCUGUUUCAUUUUAAUCUCGUGUCGUCGGAGGUGAAACGAGAGAUGUUGGUCGACGAACGGGAUGGUGAUGCCGUACCGAGUGCAAUUACCUGCAUUGCCACCUACGACCUGUCGGGUGACGGUAAGGACGAAUUGAUCGUGGGUCGUCGCGAUGGCACGCUGCAGGUGUUUGCAAUGAACUCGGACGAGUACCAGUUUGAAAUGGAAUGCACGCAAAUAUAUAAGGAAAAUUUUAAUGAAAGCAUAUCGACCCUACAGGGCGGCUGUGUGGGAGCCACUAACUACACCGAGAUUGUGGUGUGCACGUACUCCGGGCGCAUAUUCGGACUAACGACGCAAUGCAUCAGCAAAAGCAUGAGCGACAGCCUGACGCAUGCCGAGCGUGCCACAGGCAGUGAUUCUUCAGCUAAACUUCUUCGUAUAAGGGCUGAAAUUUACGAACUCGAGCAAACGAUCGCCAAGGAAAGGGAACGGUAUCAACUUUCCACCCAGGCGCUUUCUUCUGGACUGUCGGCAAUACCGAUGCUACCGAUAAAUGACUCGUUCGUGCUCCUAAAGGAUGACGCUACGUUUCUGCUGUCGCUCGAAAUCCCAACCCCGAUCGAGCACGUGCUGCUUCAGUGCGACGCACCGAUAACGCUGCUGGAUGUAGAGAAAAACACGGCCGUUGUUAGCUUCAGCGAGUGCGAUAAGUUGAGUGGCAACAGUCUCCUCGCGAGCUAUCGUUGUCAGCUGAAUACGAAUCGUAUCGAGUUGAAGUUUCGCACGAUCGAGGGCCAGAGUGGGACACUGCAGGUUUACAUUACGCCCAACCUGCAGCCGAAAUGUUGCCAGCUAAAACGCUAUCCAAUCAAGCCGCUCUCGUUGCACAUGAUCAUACACAAUGCCAGCGACGAAAUGCUUGUACGCCCAAUGAACACCCUGACCCUGAGGGGACCGUUUAGUCAAGCCGAAAUGCACAACUGGAUGAUAAACAGCAUUCCCGAACUGCCGGAGAAGCUUUACGAAAGUGGUAAGGUGCAGUACACGUUCCGGCACGUAUUCAUCGGAACGCUGCUCGUGUGCGAAUAUGGCAAGGGAGAGGCCAUCUUUCGGAGCGAUAACAUUUCUACUAUUUCGAUAUUGAAAGAUUUCAUCACAAAGGAGGCUACCAAAAAACGAAUCAAGCUGGAAAUUUCCACGUCUAUUAACGAAUCUACUAUACCCUCGCUCAUCAAGCUGAUCGAGCCGAAAAUUGUGCAUUACAACAAACUCACCAAGGACUAUCAGCUUGCACAGGCUCUGAUAGAUUUAGACAUUCGCGACGACGAAGAAUUCAAUACAUUAUCGGAGGAAUACCGUUCGCUCAUAAGCAACCAGCAAGAGAUUGGAAUCGAAUUCCGGAAGCAACCAACAAUACUAAACCGAAUCUACGGCAUACUAACCGAUCUUUACAUCGAUAAAUUCAAAUUCAAGGGCGUGAACGUGAAAACAAAGCUGCCGCAGUUGAUUGAGUUGCUUGAUAACUAUUCGUACGAUGAGUUGGUUCAAUUUUACAGUGUUAUCAAAGCAAGCGAUGAAGAAAUGAGCGAAAUAUAA